AUGGAGUCCUCACGCGGCCCUCCCCGGGUCAAGAACAAGCAGGCGGCGCCCAUCCAGAUCAGCGCCGAACAGCUGCUGCGCGAAGCCGUCGACCGCCAGGAACCCGGUCUUCAAGCGCCUACCCAGCGCUUUGCCGAUCUCGAAGAGCUGCACGAAUUCCAAGGCCGCAAGCGCAAGGAAUUCGAGGACUAUGUGCGCCGCAACCGCCUUAAUAUGAACAACUGGAUGCGAUACGCGCAAUGGGAAAUGGAGCAAAAGGAGUUCCGCCGCGCCCGCUCCAUCUUCGAGCGCGCGCUGGACGUCGACUCGACCAGCAUCGUGCUUUGGGUUCGAUACGUCGAUUGCGAGGUCAAGACCCGGAACAUCAACCAUGCGAGGAACCUGCUUGACCGCGCCGUCACAAUCCUGCCACGGAUCGACAAACUGUGGUACAAGUAUGUCUACAUGGAGGAGACUCUGGGUAACAUCCCCGGUACCCGUCAAGUAUUCGAGCGCUGGAUGUCUUGGGAGCCGGAUGAGAAUGCGUGGAGUGCGUACAUCAAGCUGGAAAAGCGCUACAAUGAAUAUGAGCGGGCACGCGCCAUUUUCGAGCGCUUCUGCCAGGUCCAUCCGGAACCCCGCAAUUGGAUCAAGUGGGCGCGGUUCGAGGAGGAAUACGGAACGAGUGACCUUGUGCGGGAGGUGUUUGGGCAGGCUGUUGAGACAUUGGGCGAGGAGUUCAUGGAUGAGAAACUGUUCAUGGCGUACGGACGAUUCGAGGCACGGCUCAAGGAGUUCGAGCGUGCUCGCGCCAUCUACAAGUAUGCCUUGGAUCGCAUGCCGCGGUCCAAGUCGAUGAGUCUCCACAAAGCCUAUACCCAGUUCGAGAAGCAGUUCGGCGAUCGCGAAGGGGUUGAGGACGUCAUUCUUUCCAAGCGCAGGGUGCAAUACGAAGAGUCCAUCAAGGAGAACCCUAAGAAUUACGACAACUGGAUCGAUCUCGCCCGGUUAGAGGAAACGGCUGGAGAUGCCGAGCGCGUCCGAGACGCGUAUGAGCGUGCGAUAGCCCAGAUUCCGCCCACUCAAGAGAAGCGCCAUUGGCGGCGAUACAUCUACCUGUGGAUUUUCUAUGCGCUCUGGGAAGAGAUGGAUGCCAAGGACGUCGAUCGGGCACGCCAGAUCUACAGCGAAUGCUUAAAGCUCAUCCCGCAUAAGAAAUUCACAUUUGCAAAGGUCUGGUUGCUCAAGGCGCAAUUCGAGAUAAGGCACAUGAACUUGGCGGCGGCACGGAAAACCCUGGGUCAAGCGAUUGGAAUGUGUCCGAAGGACAAGCUGUUCAAGGGCUACAUCGAGCUCGAGCUCAAGCUCUUCGAAUUCAGCCGUUGCCGGACUCUUUACGAGAAGCACAUUGAGUGGAACCCCAGCAACUCGCAAGCGUGGAUCAAGUUCAGCGAGCUGGAGCGCGGCCUGGACGACCUGGACCGUGCACGCGCCAUAUUCGAACUGGCCGUUCAGCAGGACACUCUGGAUAUGCCGGAGCUAGUAUGGAAAUCGUACAUCGACUUCGAGGAGGAAGAGGGCGAGUACGACCGCACCAGGACGCUUUACGAGCGCCUGCUGGCGAAAACGGAUCACGUCAAGGUCUGGAUCAGCUAUGCACACUUCGAGAUCAAUGUGCCGGAUGAGGGCGAGGAGGAAGAGGAGGAUGAAGAGCGCCCGAUCAGCGAGGAGGCGAAGAGGCGCGCCAGAAGCGUGUUUGAGCGCGCGUACAAGAGCAUGAAAGAAAAGGAGCUCAAGGAAGAGCGCGUCGCCCUUCUCAACGCAUGGAGAUCAUUCGAGCAGACUCACGGGUCGGCAGAGGACCUGGACAAGGUCGAAAAGCAGAUGCCCAAGCGCGUCAAGAAGAGGAGGAGGCUGGAUACGGCGGACGGCGGCAUGGAGUUCGAAGAGUACAUGGACUAUGUCUUCCCGGCAGACACAGAGGGCGAAGCGAAGUUGUCGAAGCUGCUGGCAAAGGCGGCGGCAUGGAAGCAAAAGGCAGAUGUCGAAGGGGAGGAUGGAGCAUAG